AUGAAAUUCUCACCAUGGCCAACAAUAGUGGCCAUAGGUAUACUGUCGUUGACAUCGGCCAUAACAACGAGUGACUCAGCCAAAUGCGCCUUCUACUGUUUCACAUUUCCUCAACAAGUAAGUCAAAGUAUUUUACCUAUUUCAAAUCUAGUUUCGUUUAAGCUUGUUAUUGUAUGAGUUUACUAUCGUAAAGCUUUUUUAUUGUAUAUUACUGUAUCGUACCAAAGUUAUAUUUUCUAGAAUCAAACGUUGAGUUCGUUGAACAAAACCCUGGCAGCUGUACCAAGCCUAGGAUGUACACAUCUUGUUUAUGGUUAUGCCUUUACCGACGAGAACGGCCGAGUCAAGAAUCCGACUGAGAAUGAUAUUGUACUUGAUAGCUACUACGGAAACUACAAGAAUCUUCGAGGGUAUGUUUAAGUCUUCUUUAUCUUUUAUGGUAUAAAACCUCAUAAAAAACUUCAUUUCAGAUUAAAACAAGGCAAGAACAAAGUAAAGACCCUUCUGGCCGUUCGCGAAGCUCCAGGAACCAACUUCAUCGACCAGUCGUAUGUUCAAGACUUGGCCAUAACCAACAUGAUAAACUUGGCCAAAGAGAACAGCUUUGAUGGCAUCUUUUUGGACCUGAUUCAACCAACCUUGUCAUCGUUCCACUUCACUCGCUUCCUGUCUGAACUAAAACAACACAUCAGCAAGGACUUCAUCUUGACCUUAUCAGUCGACGCUUCUGCAGUUAUAAGAUCGGCCGAUCAGCUGAAGAAGCUAGAAGACUCCGUAAGCAAUUUCUACAUCAAAGCUGACAACGUCGUUGGAGCUUCUUCAGACGCCGAGACCUUGCUACUGACUCCAAUUGAAACUGGCGGUGUGAUUCAAGAGGAAGUGACAUUGGAUUACGUAGCUGAUCGUCUGGAUGCCGUUCUGUUGGAGAGGAACAAGAUCGUGAUGGGAUUGAGUAGCUGGGGAAGAGGAUACACGAUGGAAGAGCCUCAGAAAGCCGGUGUAUUGGUGGACACAGCUUCAUUCGCCAAGAAAGGAAAUUCGACCAGCUCCGACGGUCGAUUUGCUUAUCAAGACGUAAGGAAGACAGCUUGAUCGUACUGUAACUUUCCUUUUAGACCUUUUUACAUAUUUGGUUAAGAAUGCCCUUUCAGAUGUGUCACUUGUUCAAAAAAGAAAAUUACCGUUACGAACAGACGAUGGGAGCCGUCUGGUUCGUAGGUAACAAUGCCAACUGGUACAGUCUCCUCCCACCCAAGCACAAGGUUGUUGACCAAGUCUUGACCUGGAUCUCGAACAGGCAUUAUUCUGGAGUCGGAAUCGUUCAACUUGAAGCCGACGAUCCAGAAAACGAAUGCAAAGACAACUCGUACCCUCUGCAUCGCUACAUCAACCACAAGUUCCAAUGUGCUCCACGAGAAGAAGUCAGGGGCAACACUUCACCGUGCAACCGAUUCUGCACCUUCAGAAGUUACCUGAAGGACGUCACGGUAGAGUUUGAAAAGUUCCAGCCUGAAUGGUGCUCUUACUACAUCAUUUCUACAGUGGACUUUGGUAUUACUGGCACCAUCAAGCAAGAUGACAACUUCGACGCUGUUUUCAAACAAUUCAACGAAUGGUCCGCCAAAGUGAAGCCAAAUCUUUUGGUUUCCAUUGGUGAUACCGUGGACUCGAAGACGUGGAAGUUUGUCAUGAGAUCUGAUGUAGCUCGAAGAGAUCUUUUACGGAAUAUUCAGCAGGUACAGUUGAACAUAUUAGUUGUUAUAGUUAUCUUACUGUUGCUUCACCUCACAGAAGACUAAAAGAUAACAAAAAUUUAACUAAAGUAAUAAAAACCAUAUUUUUAGUUGUACGACCACAGAAACAUUGAUGGAAUUGUGCUAUCUUGGACUCAAGGCUCAAUGGGUGGCAAAGGAAAGCCAGACAGUGUAGCCUUCCACAAGUUUGUGAAAGAACUGAAAGAAACCUUACCUAAGGCCAUCAUCAUUGUCACGGGAACGAUGGAAGGAACGAUGAGCAAAGACUACGACAUUCCCUUACUCAACAGGUAAGUACAAGUCGUAAACGUACUAAUGCGAUGAAUACAUAACAUGGCUUAUAUAAUUUGUAAAAUCAAAAUCUGACAAAAAAUAAUACUUUAACAGACUAUUUACAACGACAAAAAGAAACAUAUCUAACGAUAUUUUUCUAGAACGGUUGAUUACAUGUUGAUAGAAAUGUUCCGAUUCCAUGAUUCAAGUGAUACUGUAACUGGACAUCCAUCGCCUUUGUUGAGUAACUCCGAAUUACUGAAUGACAGCGAGAAAACGGUGGUAUGUCAGACACUCAGAGUCUACAAGUUAAACUAAUAUUUUACACUUAUUUAUAGCUGUUACUAAAAAACAUAGGUACAAAACUACUCAAAUUACACUACUGUUAUACCAAAACUUCCUUUUAUAGGAAGGUUUGGCCAACGAGUGGGUCAGUCUCGGCCUCCCCCGGUCCAAGAUCGUUCCCCAAUUCACCGCUCAAGUCAUGUACCAAGGGUUGGCGAACGAAAUCGACUGGCGUACCGACCGUAUCAUCGGCCAAAGUUCCAAUCCAGCCAAGGUGGUAAAGCAUCGUUCUCGAGAAAUCAUGUCACAGACCGAGUUGUGUCAAAUACUGAGCAGUAACGAUACUCACAGUGAAUUCCUGCCUGAACUUGCUGUGCCAACAGCUGUGAAAGGAAACGAAUUCUAUGCGUAUGAUGACAUUAGAAGCAUGAAGGUCAAGUCCAUCUGGUCAUCGCUGAACCAAUUUGGAGGUAUCGCCUUGAGUGGUCUAGAGAUGGACAAUAUCCAAGGACAAUGUCCAGCUGGCAGAGCUUAUCCGAUUUUGAGAACGAUUGUGGACAGCCAGGUACUUGUUGUUAAUACCAAAAAUCAUAUUUUUUCCCAAUAUAUCUUUAGGUUGAACUGUAUAAACUUAUCACCUUAAAACAAUGAAAAGCAAUUCCAGACCUGUGACAUGUGCCUCAAAGAACGUGAACCAGAAACCUUCAAGAAGCCCGAAUGUGUUGGAGUUCCCUUCCGCGUUGUCUGCAGCUACCGGCUACCCGACGCUAACGAUGUGAAGUCCCCAUUGGCUCCAGAAGACAUUCCUUUCAAAGACUGUUCAGAAGUUGUGGUCGAAGAAAUUCAACUAAAUUCUCAAGGUAGUCUUUCCUUCAGAGAUUCAACAACAGAAGAGAAGAUGAAUGUAUUGAAGAGUCUCGACCGGAUGGGAAAGAAACUGAUCGGUGCCAUCAGGUGCAACAUGAGUUCGGACGAAUUCGCUAAACUUCUUACUAGUAAGUUAUAUUACCUAGUCUCUUACACUGACAGUUAGCUUAUCUAAUAAAAACAAAACCACUUUCUAACCUUAAAAAACAUACUACUUUAACAUUAUAAAAUUACCAUAACUCAUCAUAAAAUAAUGGCAUUCAGACCUUGAAUUAAUCGAGGACAACAUUGAGAAGUAUCUGGACACGUACGGAUUGGAUGGAAUUGAAUUACGAUGCGACGAUAUGCUGACAACCGAUACUCAGAAAAAAUUCAGCAACUUGCUUCGAAGUUUGGUCAACAAUUCACAUAGCAAAAAGAACAGGACCAAAAGACAGUGUCCAUGGACCACGAGCAUCAGGUAUUAGAUUUAAGCACUUAUCCUGAAGUCUUUUGACAUAAUAACGAUUAAUAUUUACAUGUUGAACCUAUUUUAACAUUAAUUCUUACUUAUUUCCAAGCUUAUUUUUCCAUCUUCAGAAUCCCAGUAUGGCAAACGGAUUUGGGCACUUUCUACGACGUUCCCACCCUUAAGCAUCUUCACCAUGUCGCGCUAGAACCUUUCCAGGUCGAAAACAACAAAACCCAGCUGAUCAGCCCUCUGUUCUCGACCGAAAGCAAAUCCUUCACUGAAAACAGUAUCGACAACACUCUGAAGGCCUGGAUCAAGUCCGGAGUACCCAAAUCCAAGAUUCUGCUUCACAUCCCCGCCUACGGAAUCAAACAAAAAAUGUCGAAGCCAGCCGCGGCCGAUCAAGAGCUGGGAGCUCAAGUUCAAGGCCAAGUCCGAGUUCUAACUCAAGCUGAAGUCUGCAAAACAAUAGCGACUCCAGGUGUUCAGAACCACAUGAUGUUCGACAUGGUGGCCACAUUCUCGACAACGCCGGCGUUGGAGUUCGUCACUUACGAAACUCAACAAACCAUCCAUUACAAGGUAAAACAAUUCGCGAAAAAAUCCAAAACCCAUAAAAUUAUCCCUUCCCAAAAUUAUGAAAAUGAAAAAGAUUUUUUGAUUUUUUUUGGAAAAUUCGCUUGGUUUCAAGAAAUUUGUUGGAGGAUAUAUUAAUAACUUUUGGCAUUGUGUUUCAAGUUGGUAUUUUCCCUUUUCCACUAAUUUUUAAACUAUUUUUGCAGGGAAAAUUAGCUGAAAUACAUAUUGUCUAUAAAAUAAAGCUAUGAACUUGUUUUUAGAUCAAAUACGCGGUUCGUGAGCAGCUCGCGGGCGUGGGCCUGUUGACCAUCAACGAAGACGAUCACGGCGACAUCUGUCGACGAGGCAAGUUCCCACUCCUGAAGGAAGUCCACGCGGCCGUCUGUUAA